AUGGCAGACGAUUGUGUUCAAAUUGUAAGAAUGGGAGAUUCAAGUGAUGAUAGUGAAGAAAAAUAUGAAAUUUAUAAAGCAGGAUCUGACAUGGUUUGUGUUAUUGGAGUUGAUAAUAAGCAAUCAAUGGGUAAAAAUGCUGGGUUCAAACCAAGAUAUAAACAGUCAUACAGAGAAGCCUGGGAGUCUAUGAAAGACUUCAAAGGUUGGUUAACAAGUGUACCUGGCAACAGUACCAAAGCUUAUUGUAAACUUUGUAAAAAAGAGUUGCACUGUCAUAGAUUAAGUUUACUAAAGCAUAAAGUUACAUUCAAACAUCAUAAAAAAGAAGAAGAACAAAAAUUAGUUAAAUCAUCUGAAGAUGGCAGUAAAGAAAGUAUUAACAACACAUUGGAUUCGAAAAAUGAAGUUUCCGAGAGUAGUAGUAGUAAUGAAUCGACAAUUUAUAAAAAUGAUUCUGAAAACUGCGAUGCAGAAAUUAAUGAUAAUUUUUCAAAUACAUUAAAUGUAAAAGAAAACAAUUCAUCUGAUUUAGAAAAAAAGACGAGUAUUCAAUGUGACAGUGGAUUACUAUCGACUCAUGUAUUAGAUAUUUGUAAAGGAAUACCUGCAGCUUUAAUUCAUGUCGUUUUAUAUAAACUAAUCGAAGGAAGAUGGACCCUAAUAAAUGAAGGCUUGACUGGUUUGGAUGGUCGUUAUCAUUAUAACAUAACAAACGAAAAUGAUACCUCUAUAGGAAGAUACAAACUUCAUAUUGAUAUCGAUGAAUAUUUUGAAAAACAAAGUCAAGAAACAAUAUUUCCAUUUAUAGAGGUAGCAUUCGAUGUUAAAGAUGCCUCUUCUCAUUAUCACAUUCCCCUUUUGUUAACUCCAUUCGGUUAUAGUACAUAUAAAGGUAGUUGA